UUCCACGCUGUGCGCGACUAUGGAGUUGCGGCGGCGGCGGCGGCUCGACUGACUUUACCCUACCAUACCUACUUACCGCACUCGUACACCGCUAGCUCCAUCUCUUUCUCCCUCUCUCUCUCUCUCUCUCUCUCUCUCUCUCUCUCUCUCUCUCGCUCUCUCUCUCUCGCUCUCUACGGAAAAUACACACGAUAGGACGCAGCAGCUCGCAGGUCAGUCCGACUGCCGGCAAACCGCCUGCUCUCGCUUAAGCCGCAGAAAGCAGCCACGUUUUGGAGCACAGCAGCGAAACACGAGGUGAGCAGCAGCAGCAGCCGCAACGACCACGUGGGCCACAGCCGCACACCGGCUCACUCCCAUGGACUCGAGAAUAAGCAGGCGAGUAUCCUAGUGACGAAGAAUCGCGCGAUUCCGGAGGAGAAUAUUGCCGAGAGAGCGCAGAACGAGUUUCCCGGCGUGAAAUUUGGUUAAACCAAGCACGAGGCGCUGUGCUGGCUGGAAGCACGUUGUUGCGAUUUUCGAAGAAGGGGGUUGGCUCUCGUUCGCGAAAAAAUCGUCUACUGCUAUACCACGUUUCCGGGACACGGCGCACUGGCGGCAGAUUCAAAAGCGACGAACAACCGUAUGCACAGUGAGAGGCAGCUUUUCAAGAUUUUUAUUUUGCUCUUACAAACUUUAAGGCAUUGGAGGACAUUGCCGCUCAACUAAAUGUGAUAUUGACAGCAGCAGUUACCGGCCCCUCUAAAGAACUGAAUUUAUAUUACUCCACUCUUGGCACAGAUUUUACUCCUUGUAAAUUAAGGUAAAGCAUAGGAUCAUGGAACAAGGAGAGCCCGCGACCAAGAGAGUCAAACAUUCCAUUAUUUCGGAGCACAUCUAUCAACCAGAAUUCCAAGAGAUAUUCUCCAAGCAUUGGCACGACAGGAGUUCCAUCAAGACUUUGAAUUUGGAAGUGAUAGCAGAGCCUUUCCGGGUCUGCAAGAUAUCCAAUUUUAUCAAGAAUGAGGAAUUCAUGGAUGACAUCAAGAAUGAAUUGCUCGACGUCAAGACUCGAAGGAACAGCAUGGACCUGUACCAGUUCGAGCAAUCGAAAGAUCUGUCCGAUGUAAAUAAAAAUAAUGUAAAAACAUUGUUCCAAACCUUCCAGACUGACUUGGUCAGCUGGAUGGAGAAGAAUACGAAAAUCGAGCUGAACAGAAAAAUAUCCAUGUCAAGUACCUGUUACUCCGAUACUGAUUACCUUCUUUGCCACGAUGAUAAUUUAAGUGAUCGGAGAAUCGCCUUCAUUUUGUACCUGUCAAAGAAUUGGACGGAAGAGGAUGGAGGUACUUUAGAUCUUUUUGAUUCCGACGAGAACGGACAUCCCACAAAGGUUGUGAAAUCACUGAUACCUGAAUACAACUCAUUGGUCUUCUUCGAGGUUGUGGACAACUCUUACCAUCAAGUGGCCGAAAUAACAUCCCCAGUGAAGGGCAGGUGGAGUAUCAACGGAUGGUUCCACGGACCAUUGCUGGAAGACAGGAAACCCGAAAGAACAGAGCAGUUAUUGAACUUUCUCCAGCCUGAAAUCACUGAAUUUGAUUUGAAUUCAUGGAUAUCCAAGAUGUACUUAAAUCCAAGCAUCACGAAGGAGAUACAAGAGGACGUCGAGCAAAAAUCCUGUGCAUUCCUGCAAGGCUUUCUGAAUAAUGACAUCUACAGCACUCUGUGCGAAGAGCUGGAGUCCGACAGCAUAAAGUGGAAGAGGGUUGGUCCGGCGAACGUUCGCAACUACGAGAUAGCAGAGGAAGACAGUCUCCCCGAGACUCUGGCGGAUUUCUACAAAUUGUUUAAGUCAAUUACCAUCUGCCAGUUGCUGAAGAACUACACAGAGUUAGAGUUGGUGCCUGAAAACGAAUUGAUGAAUCCAAAGAUGACAAUAGAGCUGCAGAGGUGGACCAAGGGCUGCUACACACUGGUCAACGACAGGCACACCUACCAAGAUGACGCGCCUGCGACCAUCGACGAGAUAGAGCCCGACCCCAGUCAGACUGACACGCCUGCCACUAUCGACGAGAUAGAGCCCGACCCCAACCAGGCUGACACGAUUGACGUAGCACUAGACGCUCCAAGUUCGUCGAAGACCCCGACGCGACCGAGCAACUACACCGAGGAGUCGAGCUUGAGCGACAAGAAGCUCAGCGAGGACACGGGCUGCAACACACCACCGAGCAGUCAGGACGGCGACGACGAGGAGGAGGACGAGGUGGAGGCGAAGAAGCGGAAGAUAAAAAAUAAGUCGCCCAGGGGCGAAGGCAAGAGGCCGAUGGUACAGCAGAGCUCGUCUUCGGAAGCCGAGACGAUCAGCGAAACGCAGCAGGAGCAGCAGAAGCAGAUACACCUGAGGAACUUGGACACGGACGACUCGGACGUGUCGGACAUCGGAGACUACUUGUCGGAUCCGCUGGACCGCUCGGACGAAGAGGAGCAGCCAGAGGAGGAAGCGUCCGCCGAGGAGCAGCCGGAGGAGGAAGCGUCCGUCGAGGAGCAAGAGCCCGGCAGCCUCGACCUCGUGAUACAGUUCCAUACGAGCUCUCUCUCGAAAAUCCAGACCAUAGACUAUGUCGACCUGAGGGAGGAGGAAGGCGCCCUCAUAAGCGUCCCACCCAAGGACAAUCACCUGUGCCUGGUUUACAAGACGCUCGGCACCUGUCGUGUUCACAAGUUCAUCAACCACUACUUCAAGGGCGCCUUCUACAACCUCGUCUGCACGUAUUACGAGUGAGAGGAUAUCAAUACGAAGACAAAAGUGAGAGUAUCGUUAUACAAAUUUCGGCGCGUUUUUUCUUCUUCUUCUUCUUCUUCUUUUUUUUUUUUUUUUUUCGUAGAAUUUAAAAACAAAACUCGGCCCGACGAUUUCCGUUAUUAUUAUUAUUAUUAUUAUUAUUAUUACUAUUAUUAUUACUAUUAUUAUUAUAUUAUAUAUGAUUAUUAUUAUUAUUAUUAAUAUUAUUAUUUUUUAAAUUAAACGAAAAAAAAUUGUACAGUCAUGCGAGGGCUACAAGCCGCAGUGAUUGGCACUUGUCUAGAGAAAAGCACCAAGGAAUUUCGCUAUAAAUAUAUUCGUCGUGCGAUAAAAUGGCAUGUAUUAAUAAAAAUCAUCAGUAUUUAUGAUCGUUUAUCUGAA